AUGGCCAAGAGAGUCCUCAUCAUUGACCACGGCUCGGGCUUGGUGAAGGCGGGCCUGUCGGGCAUGAACUUCCCCACACUGGUCAUCCCCAGCAUCGUGAGCUACGGGCCGGGCCCGGAGAACCCGGGCCCCAGCCGCCCACGGAAGAUAGUACACCUGGGCAUCCAGGCCGGUGACCCCGAGACCUGGGGCUACCCCAUAUGGCGCGGCCGAGUCCACAACUGGGAAGGUGUGGAGCACAUAUUGGCCCACGUCGUGAACACCUUCCCGCGCUCGAUGGGCCAAUUCCCUGUGCUGGUCACCCAGUCCUCGGUGAAGGAGCCCAGCUUUGCGGACAAGAUAGCAGAGAUCAUGUUCGAGAGACUCCAGGUGCCCCGCCUGCUGGUGGCGGACGAGGUGCAGAUGUCCUUGUUCGCGUCGGGCCUGCUGACGGGCGUGGUGGUGGACUGUGGCUUCGGCCUCACCCGGGUGCAGCCCUUCUUUUUAGGGUGCCCCCUCACCGACAGCUGCCGCACGGUGGAGCUGGGCGGGAUGGACCUCACCAACUACCUCUUGAAGAGUCUCUUCAAGGGCAUCUACGGGCAUCCAACCACGUACCAUAUGAACACGGUCAUGACCACGCAGUCGCACAAGUGCUACGUGCCCCACCAACUGGAAGAGGCCCUCCGCUUCCACCAGGGCCUGCCCGCCUCCUCCAGCAAGGACUACUACUGGCUCCCGGAUGGUAAGGCCGUGCGGCUGACCCCCCAGCAGGUGCUGGGCCCCGAGAUGUUCUUCAGCCCGGACAAGUUCGGCCUGCGAGUGCCCGGCCUUUCUGUGACCGUCCGGGAUGUCAUCAACGCUUGUGAGGCCUCCAAGCGGCCGAGGCUCCUGCCCUUUGUGUUCCUGGUCGGCGGGAACUCCCUGUACCCCUGCUUCACCAGGCGCCUGCACAAGGACUUGAGCGCCACCCUCCCCAGCAUCGGUGUCAUAGACAGCCAAUACAGACAUUACAGCGUCUGGCUGGGCGCGUCCAUUGUGGCCCAUUUCUCUGGCUUUUCGUCCCAGUGGAUCAGCAGAAGGGAGUAUCUGGAGGGGAGAAUGCCUCCAUCCAGCCCCAGCACCCCCGACACCCCCAAAUAA